AUGAAGUCAUCUUAUAUCCAACUGCUUCUCGGAGCCUUCUCUACUUGCCUUGCAUCGCCCCAUCCGAAGAUCAGAGACGAGACCAAUUCUCUGCCCUCAAGCGCCGUAGCGUCGAGGGCUGCGCCAAAAUGGAUCAAGAUUGACGAUACCGCGAGGAUCAAUAACGUCAUCACUGUAACAUCAUCUCCAGGUGUUUCAGCUGCCAACGAUGGUCUUUACAUCGUGCGCCCAACCGGUCAGAUCCAGCGAUACAUCAACAGCGCUUGGACAACCGUCGACAACUACGAACAGACCUAUCAGAUCGCCGGCGCUAACGGCAACCUUUGGCAGAGGCACCUCGAUGGUGGUACGUUCCGCUGGCUGGGUCAGCCUGGAGAGUGGGAGUCGACGAGUGGUACAGACACGAGUGUCUACAACAUCGUUGCCGCGGGUGAUCAGCUCUUUGCACAACGAAAAGACGGCUCCGUCGCACGCUUAUCUGACGGCGCUUGGGUUACCAUCGACCAGCCUCCCAUCACGGAUAGUUCCAGCUCGACCCAGAUCCUGUUCGACGAUGAACUCACAAUGUGGAAUCGUCUCUACAAUGGCACCAUCGUACGCACGCCAGCGCCCUACAACGCCGGUCAAUGGAAGAUUGUCGACAGCACUUACACUGCCAAAUUGGCCGUGGGAGGUAACAACGUCUACAGAUGGGAUAGCAGCGCGAACCAAGUUCUCAAGAUGAAUGCGACAGGAGGGUGGACUCUGAUCGACAGCGGCAGAGUAGUCAACAACAUUUAUGCGGUCGGAGACUAUCUAUAUGUUGAGCUUCUGGACGGAAGUUACUCGCGGUACUCAGGAACACCCAUGCUUUGGGAGACGAUCGACCAGAGGGCUUCCAGAGGUGAGGUGGCUGGCGAUCGAAAGGGCGGUCUUUGGCGCUUGAUGGGUGGUGGUCAGAUUUGGGAGAUGGUGGUUUGA